GAAUAGAGUUGGAGUAGUAGUACAAGAAAAGGCACCAAUGAUUUGCAGGGAGAGAGAUAGGACUUUUUUGAGGCCUCUCUGACUCUCUCUCUCUCUCUCUCUCUCUCCACAGAGGAGAGCUCUAGAGCUGCUGUUGGAUAAGAGAAGGGAGGAGAGUGGAGGUAGCAGAUUAGCAUCCAGAUUAGCCGUACUGCCCAUCUCGCAGAUUCUGAAUCUCCUCGCCCUAUUGCCCAUCUUCUUCUUUGGUUUUCCAGUGUAUGACCGGGCCACUAAUCAACUGAAGCAGCAUGAGCUCCCAUGGUGUUGUUGCCGUGAAGCCAAUCGCUGCGCCGGAGAAAACCGCGCAUUCUUAUGCCUGUGGAUCCACACAGUCUUCAGUUCAUAAGCUGCUCGAUGCUAAAUUGGACCACCUUGGGCUGUUGGAUGAUAACCUGUCAUCCACCAGUCAGUCAUCAGACAUCAAGACCGAGCUGAUCCAGUCGUCGAGCCUGGGAAGAAGCAGCCUACCAUUUAACCUUCAGAGAAGAAGCCCUGAGCCUGAUCCUGAAAGUCCAUUGUCCCAUGUCUCACAUCCCAAUUUUUCAGAGCCAAUGGCCUCAAACUCUUCAACGUUCUGCACAAGUUUAUUCUCAUCAUCUUCGACAAACUCGGCGCCAUGUCGGCAAAUGGGUGCUCUACCUUUCCUGCCUCACCCUCCUAAGUAUGAGCAGCAGGUUCUCCCAGGGCAGUCAUCAAACUCCUCCCUGCAACUCAGUGGUGAUACAGGCAAUGUUCAUGACGAAACUGAACAGCCAGAUGACAUAAAAGACUUUCUCAAUCUUUCUGCUGGAGAUGCUUCUGAUGCCAGCUUCCAUGGUGAAAACCAAGCGUUUGCUUUCGCCGAGGACGAGCAGAUGGAGUUCCAGUUCUUGUCCGAGCAGCUAGGAAUCGCCAUCACCGAUAACGAGGAGAGCCCCCAGUUAGAUGACAUAUACGACACGCCACCGCCACAAAUGUUGUCACUUCCAGUGUCAUCCUGCUCCAACCAGAGUCUGCAGAAUCCAGGAUCUCCGGGUAAACUGCCGCUUAGCUCAUCGCGGUCAUCUUCUGGAUCUGCAGCGGCUAACAAGUCUAGAUUGAGGUGGACACUGGAGCUCCAUGAGCGUUUUGUAGAGGCUGUGAACAAGCUUGAAGGGCCUGACAAAGCAACUCCCAAGGGCGUUCUGAAGCUUAUGAAAGUGGAUGGCCUGACCAUCUAUCAUGUAAAGAGCCAUUUGCAGAAGUACCGACAUGCAAAGUUUAUUCCAGAGAUCAAAGAAGAAAAGAAGGCUUCCUUGGACGUUAAGAAGGUACAACCGGGUAGCAGUGGAAGUGAUCCGUUCAAAAACAAGAACUUGGCAGAAGCUCUACGGAUGCAAUUGGAGGUUCAGAAACAGCUCCAUGAACAGCUAGAGGUGCAAAGGCAAUUGCAGCUACGCAUAGAAGAACACGCGAAAUACUUGCAGAGGAUACUAGAGGAGCAGCAGAAGGCCAUCGCCAGCAGUGGCAGCUCGCUCUCACUGAAAACCCCGACAGAGCCGUCCGAGUCGACGUCGAAAGACGGAGCUGAACCCGAAGAGGCCACCACUUCUUCACCUCAGCCGUCCAAAAACAGCGAGACAGAGUCAUAACGGCCGUCACAUUGUCCGGUUGCUUCACCACUUCCUCGGUGGCAGAGCUGUGGUGGCCAUGGUGAUAUAUACACGAACACGGUAGUUUGAAUGGACUUGAGGAUUUAGCCAGUGGUCAAGCAGAGGGUGUAUGUAUGUGUAUAUAACUUUCACAUGGGAAUAGAAAAUGGGGGAACCAAUAAGCCGAUCACAGCACGGUUUUGAAUUUGCA